AGGACGCAGGGCCAAUCAGCGGCGGCGUUACUUUUGCGGCUCCACGUCGGCAACAGCUGCGGGGGAAGAUGGAGGCGCUGAUUUUGGAACCCUCCCUGUAUACUGUGAAAGCCAUUCUGAUCCUGGACAAUGAUGGAGAUCGACUUUUUGCCAAGUACUAUGACGACACCUACCCCAGUGUCAAGGAGCAAAAGGCCUUUGAGAAGAACAUUUUCAACAAGACCCAUCGGACUGACAGUGAAAUUGCCCUCUUGGAAGGUCUGACAGUGGUGUACAAAAGCAGUAUCGAUCUCUAUUUCUAUGUGAUUGGCAGCUCCUAUGAAAACGAGCUGAUGCUUAUGGCUGUUCUGAACUGCCUUUUCGACUCACUGAGCCAGAUGCUGAGGAAAAAUGUAGAAAAGCGAGCUCUGCUGGAAAACAUGGAGGGGCUCUUUUUGGCUGUGGAUGAGAUCGUAGAUGGAGGCGUGAUCCUGGAGAGUGAUCCCCAGCAAGUGGUGCACCGGGUGGCAUUAAGGGGUGAAGACGUCCCCCUUACAGAGCAGACUGUGUCUCAGGUGCUGCAGUCAGCCAAGGAGCAGAUCAAGUGGUCACUCCUCCGGUGAAGACCCAGCUCCUCCUGGCUUCUCACCCUCCUCAGAAAGUCCAUAUGUCUGCUGUGAAUCUCAUCCAGUUCCCCAGCUGAUGCUCUCAGGGUCCUCUCGGGGGUCACAGGGUCCUUCUACCCUGUCCUGCCUGUGGUUGUUCCCUCCCAGCCCCCACACACACUUCCCAUUCCAUUCACUGCUUGCAGUUCUGGGUGUAAAGAUCCCAGCGGAUUUGGGUGUCAGGCAGGGGAAGCACCCUCUCCAGAUUGGAUUGUGCCCUUUUGUUCUCCCUCCGCCGGGUUUUCUCAUGUUCUAUGCCCUAUGCUACACUUCAGAUCAAAGUGGGAGAUAGACUGUGCCGAAUGUGUUCCCCCCUUUGCUCUUACCCACCCUCAUCCCUACCACCUACAUGUCCAGAAAGGGAGGGGGAAAGAUUCUUGGCUGUGAAUGAGUUCUAUGGGGAUGGGGAGGGAUGUGUUCAUUCGCCGCCGCAGCCCGUGUUCUGGCCUCAGCGUUUCCUCCCAUUCCUUCCUACUGCUCUGUUCUCUGCCAGAUUAGGAAUCACUCAUAGGGCAGGGACAGCGGAAGAAACAGUGAUCUAAAUUUUAAUGGAAGGGCUUAUAAAUUUCGUUCUCUACCUGGUUCUGGCACGUCACUUUGGAACUGCUGUGGUGCAUGUCCAUCUCGUGGCCACCUUGGCUCCUACCUUUACUACUGUGGGUCUUUGCCUGGUUUGCCCUCUCUGUGGCCUGGAGCAAAGCCAGGCCCUGGAACUAAAACUCCAAUCUAGCCUUGGGAAGAAGAGUUACCCUCGAAAUUGGAGAAGGGGUAGAACCCAGACUUAGGCCUCCAGGCUCUCUCCCGGCCCCCUCAGCUCCCACAUGCUCUUCUGCUGAGGGUCUGAGUGUGCUGCUUACCCCUGUCCUCUCCACCUCCACCUUCCAUCCAAGCAGUGGGUCUGGGUUCUUACCCUCUCGAGACUACUGAGAGAGGUGCCUUCCUUAUAAACCUUUAGGACUUGGAUUUCUCCAGGAAGAUGGAGACUAGAACACCCACUCAUGGGUUUAAUCUUUCCCUUUGACCCAAAACUUUCUCCCCACAAAAAUGUCUUAAAAACCUUCCUGAGACUUAAGCACUCUGCCCUGCCCACUAACUGCCAAUUCUCCAGUACUGAAGUGGGGCGGGUAACUGGGCAUGUCUGCGGGGCAUCCUUGUGUGAGAGAUGUGUGGGGUCAGGAGAUGGCCACCUUCGUAGGCUGCUCUGUGCAAAGAAUAAAAGAGGUUUCUUUUUCCAAACUG